CUCUUAGAUAAGUUUCAAAAAUUCAGUGCUUGGUUGCGGCCUCUCCGAGAGCCAGUUUCCCUACAACUGGUGCAUCAUAGUUGAAUACAUCCGUAUUCCUUCACUGCUUUACUCCAAGGUGAAACAUGUCAGUUUAAAUCACUUUCUGUUUUCAAGCUAAGUUGUUUUACUAAUGCAUCUUUACUGUGAGGGCAGUUGCAUCUGAUUUAGGAGAACUAACUAGCUGGUGCAAAUUAAUACCUCAAAGUGAUUUUUUUUGUUACUUUGUAAUGAAGUAGCACUCAUUUCUGGCAUUCUAUAUGUAAACAAUACAAUAUUUUGUUGCUAGUAUUUUAUUUAAAGGAAGAAAACAUUGGAUGACACAUUGCCUCCUUGAAAAUUCCAAGUGUUCUUUGAAUAGUGAUUAUGCUGCAGCUCACUGGAUGCCAAAGUGGGCUAAUAGAGUGCUCCUGCAAGGAUGCUGACACCCAGAUCUUCCUAGGAGAUAAUGCUUUUCAGCAUAAGCUUCAGUAUAAUAUCUUUAUAUACGUGCCUGUUACCUUUUGUCCUAAUUUAACUCAUAACUCAGCAUACUAGUGAGUGAUUUAGAAUGGUCUACAGUACCCAAAUAUUUCUGUAUUUUUCCUUUCACACAUUAAUUAGGCUUUAGUAUAUCAUUAGGCACACCAUCUAGUCAAAAAAGAUUUCUCUUUCCAAUUUCAAGAACAGAAUUAGCUUGAGUUAAAUUUUUUAUUUGCAUGGCUCAUUGGGGAGGCUUUGAGAUUCCCUGAGGAGGAGAUAAUUCUUAGGAGUUCCAGAAAAGUUAAAGAAUGAAAACCAGUAUUAGUGUAAGAGUACUGUCUUUGUUAAUGCAAGAAAUAGGUAUUGCACUGUCUCUGAUUUGCUUUUGUCAGUAAAAUGGUUUAUAUGGUGCAUUAUAAUCUGUGAAUGUUCCUUUUAAGUGCUGCCUGGUAAAUAUUUGUAUAUCAGUAAUAUAUACCUUGCCAAAUAAACAAGGCAUGCAUCUGAAUCCUUCAUACUGCACGAAUGCAGCAGUCUCUGUUAAACCUCACAAAAUUCUUAUGAAGAUUUGGACUUGUGCUGUAGCUACAGUAUUGAUAAUGAAACAACAUCCUUUUUUCUUUUAAACACUUAUCUUCUAUGUCCCACAUACUGCCUCCUGUUAGUUACAAAAUUGACCUUCGAGCACUCCUGUUAGUGCCAAAAAUUCUGUAUGAGUUCAGAAGAAGUUAGAUUUGCCCCUCUUGAUUUGCAUUAACAAAACUGUCUGUGUUCCAGUUUUUUAAGAUGAUGAAUAUGUACCUCCUGAUGUCAUGGUCAAUAAUAGACUUUCGUUCUCACAGUGAUUUUAGUAUAUUGUUGUUUGUUGGAAAAGCAGAAGAGGAAAAAUAGGAAGUCUCUGUGUGAGUUACUUCAAUAAAACAAUACAAAGUUUUCAAAUAGCAAAUUAUUUAUUUUUAUAGUAUAAUCCAACUUUAAAUUCUGCAGGGAUGUCAUCUUAAUAAAACUGUGAACGGACUUAUGUGAACUAUAUUUUCCCCAGGAUAUUUUUACUUUUAAAACUACAGAUGUUAAGCAUCUUCUUUCCUUUCUUUGACAGGAAAUUCUGGUGAUUAAAGAUCAUGGCAACCAUAGAGGAACUGGCCCAUCAAAUUUUUGAACAGCAAAUGGGAGAGGUUACACAUUCCCAGGAAGGCAGUACACAAACACUAAUGGAUGGGACACCACAACGAAUACAGAUUGUUCCUGCAGAUUCAGGCCUCUCUUUAUCCCAGAGAAUACAGAUUGUCACAGAUCAGCAGACGGGCCAGAAGAUUCAGAUUGUUACAGCACUUGAUCAGAGCUCAGCAGGCAAGCAGUUCAUCUUAACAAAUCAUGAUGGCUCUACCCCAAGCAAGGUGAUCCUUGCCAGACAAGAUUCCACUCCAGGAAAAGUUAUCCUAGCAACUCCAGAUGCUGCAGGUGUCAACCAACUGUUUUUUGCAUCCCCUGAUAUAUCUGCACAACACAUCCAGAUUUUAACAGACAACUCCCCCAAUGAACAGGGUCUAAAUAAAGUGUUUGAUCUGUGUGUUGUAUGUGGAGACAAAGCAUCAGGACGUCAUUAUGGAGCAGUAACCUGUGAGGGGUGCAAAGGAUUCUUUAAAAGGAGUAUACGGAAGAAUUUAGUUUAUUCCUGCCGAGGAACAAAAGACUGUGUGAUUAACAAACACCACCGGAAUCGCUGUCAGUACUGUAGGCUGCAGAGAUGCAUUGCCUUUGGGAUGAAACAAGAUUCUGUACAGUGUGAGAGGAAACCUAUUGAAGUGUCAAGAGAAAAAUCUUCAAACUGUGCAGCUUCUACAGAAAAGAUCUACAUUCGGAAAGAUCUUCGUAGUCCAUUAGCUGCAACCCCAACUUUUGUAACGGACAAUGAAACGGCAAGAUCAACGGGUUUGCUGGAAUCGGGAAUGUUUGUUAACAUUCAUCCAUCUGCAAUAAAAAGUGAACCUACUGUGCUGAUGACUCCGGAUAAGGUAGAAGCAUGUCAAGGAGAUUUAAGUACACUGGCAAAUGUGGUGACUUCAUUAGCAAAUCUCAGUAAAUGCAAAGAUGUGUCACAAAGCAGUACAGAGCUAUCCAUGAUUGAGAGUUUGAGUAAUGGAGAUGCAUCAUUACCUGAACUCAAGCAAGAACCAGCUAGCAGUGAUGUUACAAGGGCAUUUGAUACUCUUGCAAAAGCAUUAAAUCCAGAAGAGAGCGCAUCAUGCCAGAACUCUGAAAGUAUUGACACCGGUGCACAGCUGCUUGGUGGAGAAACAAGCAUGAACAUUGUUGAAAUAGAAGGGCCACUACUCAGUGAUGCUCAUGUAACAUUCAGGCUCACUAUGCCUUCUCCUAUGCCUGAUUAUCUUAAUGUUCACUAUAUCUGUGAGUCUGCCUCCAGGUUGCUUUUCUUGUCCAUGCACUGGGCACGUUCCAUUCCAUCUUUCCAAGCUUUGGGACAGGAUAACAGCAUAUCAUUAGUAAAAGCCUGCUGGAAUGAACUUUUUACGCUUGGUCUGGCACAAUGCUCACAAGUUAUGAAUGUGGCAACGAUCUUAGCUGCUUUUGUUAAUCACCUUCAAGGCAGUUUACAACAAGAUAAGCUGCCAACAGACAGAGGAAGACUAGUAAUGGAGCAUGUCUUCAAAUUGCAAGAGUUUUGUAACAGCAUGGUUAAGCUGUGUCUAGAUGGAUAUGAAUAUGCAUAUUUGAAAGCAAUCGUCCUCUUCAGUCCUGAUCACCCAGGUCUAGAAAAUGUGGUACAGAUUGAGAAAUUUCAAGAAAAAGCUUACAUGGAGUUCCAAGACUAUGUAACAAAGGCGUAUCCAGAUGAUACUUACAGACUAUCUAGACUUCUUCUCCGAUUGCCUGCUCUUAGGCUGAUGAGUGCUGCCAUCACUGAAGAGCUGUUCUUCGCAGGACUGAUUGGAAAUGUUCAGAUUGACAGCAUCAUCCCCUACAUUCUGCGAAUGGAGACAGCAGACUACAACUCUCAGAUCAUAGGUCAUGGUGUGUGAAAGUAGCAGUCCAGGAUUCUGUACCAUGGCAAUCGUGGUGAUGUAAAUGCAUAUCCUGUCUCCAAGAGAUGGUCAUAAGCCUUCCAACGCACCUUUCCAAAGAAGGCUCAUAUUCCUCCUUUCCAGGACACUUGGGAAACAUGGUGGAGUGUAUUAGGAUAUAGGAUCACUUCCUAUUCUUCAUCUGUCUUCAAGGACUUGUAAAUUAACUUGAUAACUGAAGAAAGUCAAGAAUUGUCCAUCCUAUUUUUGUAGGUAGACGGACUUGGAGUAUUUGUUUAUGAAGUUUAGGCUUAUGAGGAAACUGAACAAGCUUUGACUGAACUAAGGUAUCUCAACUUAGUUUGAUGUUUUAGACAAAUAAAUUAACUUUCCUCUCU